UUAAACUUUGUCGGAUUGCAGGUGUUUUCUUUACGGCACGAACAGUUCCCUCUAAUUGAAGUUUCUUUGUAGAUGUUUAAUUUGUUUCUGUUUUGAAUUGCAUAUUUCAUCUGUUUUUAUAUGCACCCCACAGAGUAGUUGGAAGAGUCGGAGAAAGGCCCGAUGUAGAUGAAAACGGUGUUUAUGUGUGCUGGUAAGAAGUCGAUUGGUUCGACUCUGGUGAAAGAACUCUUGGGAAGUGUUUUGUGGAUUAGCUACAUUUUAAGAGUGGCAACGGCUAGUGGUUUGUUUGGCACAGUGACUGGUAUAGCCACUAAAAUUUGUCAGGUGUGAAAUGCCGACGCAGCGGGACAGUACCAUGUCCCACCCUGGAGAACAUUCCCACCAGGUUCGAGUGAAGGCUUAUUUCAAAGGGGAUAUUAUGAUAACUCAUAUUGACCAGUCUAUCACUUAUGAAGGGCUUUGCACGGAAGUUCGGGACAUGUGCUCUUUUGACAAUGAGCAGCAGUUUACAAUGAAGUGGAUUGAUGAAGAAGGUGAUCCCUGCACAGUUUCUUCGCAGCUGGAGCUGGAGGAAGCAUUUCGCUUGUAUGAACUUAAUAAGGAUUCUGAACUUGUAAUACAUGUAUUUCCAUGUGUACCAGAAAGACCUGGGAUGCCCUGUCCAGGAGAAGACAAGUCCAUCUACCGCAGGGGUGCUCGUCGCUGGAGGAAGCUUUAUUUCGCAAAUGGGCACACUUUCCAAGCCAAAAGAUUUAAUAGGCGUGCUCAUUGUGCAAUAUGUACUGACAGAAUAUGGGGUUUGGGACGACAGGGCUACAAAUGCAUCAACUGUAAACUUCUUGUCCACAAGAAAUGCCACAAACUGGUCAUAAUAGAAUGUGGGAGAUCUACAUUACCAGAGCCAAUAAAUCCUAUUGUGCAACCUGUAAUACUUCCAGAACCAGAACCUGUGAUUCCAUAUAAAUCUUCAAGUCAUGAAAGUGUGGACCAUGUUGGUGAAGAAAAAGAGGCACUGAAUGUGAGAGAGAGCGGAGGAGUUCCUUCUAGUUUGGGUAUGCAGGAUUUUGACCUGAUUAGGGUCAUUGGAAGGGGUAGCUAUGCCAAAGUGCUGCUUGUUCGACUGAAGAAGACUGAACGGAUUUAUGCAAUGAAAGUUGUGAAAAAAGAAUUGGUGAAUGAUGAUGAGGAUAUUGACUGGGUGCAGACCGAGAAGCAUGUGUUUGAGCAGGCCUCAAAUCAUCCCUUCCUUGUUGGGCUGCAUUCAUGUUUUCAGACAGAAAGCAGGUUAUUCUUUGUUAUCGAAUAUGUAAAUGGAGGAGAUUUGAUGUUUCAUAUGCAGCGGCAGCGAAAGCUUCCAGAGGAACAUGCAAGGUUUUAUUCUGCAGAAAUUAGCUUGGCAUUAAACUACCUUCAUGAACGAGGGAUAAUUUAUAGAGAUCUAAAACUGGAUAAUGUAUUGCUGGAUUCAGAAGGCCACAUAAAGCUUACUGACUAUGGCAUGUGUAAGGAAGGGUUAAGACCUGGUGACACAACCAGUACUUUCUGUGGUACUCCAAACUACAUUGCUCCAGAGAUCUUACGAGGAGAGGAUUAUGGUUUCAGUGUCGACUGGUGGGCAUUGGGCGUGCUUAUGUUUGAAAUGAUGGCAGGUCGUUCACCAUUUGAUAUUGUUGGAAGCUCAGAUAAUCCAGAUCAAAACACAGAAGAUUUUCUUUUCCAAGUAAUUUUGGAAAAACAAAUCCGUAUACCAAGGUCACUGUCUGUCAAAGCUGCAGGUGUUCUAAAAGGUUUCCUAAACAAGGAUCCAAAAGAACGGUUAGGUUGCCAUCCUCAAACAGGAUUUGCUGACAUUCAGGGGCAUCCAUUCUUCCGUAAUGUCGACUGGGACAUGAUGGAACAGAAACAAGUUGUGCCUCCCUUUAAACCCAACAUUUCAGGAGAAUAUGGUUUGGAUAAUUUUGAUGCUCAAUUCACUAAUGAACCUGUACAGCUCACGCCAGAUGAUGAUGACAUCGUAAAGAAGAUUGACCAGUCAGAAUUUGAAGGCUUUGAGUACAUUAACCCUCUUUUGAUGUCUGCAGAGGAACACGUAUGAUGGAUUGAUAUCAGUGUGGUGUGGCACAGUUAUAAUUCGUUUUCUUUCUGCAUGGCUAAACAACUUGUAGUUGAAAUGUUUUAGAAGGCCUAAAAUUGGCCUUCAUUUCUGAGUUUUCAUUCGGAGUCAUCUCUGUUUAGCCUGCAACCUGUUCACUACGCAACACAAUGUAUUCUAUGGAUGGCAAACCUUCAAUGAUUAUGACCCAGAGUGAAUGUUUAUACCAUUCUCUUUGGGAACAGUUAUGUUUUUACUUUUGAGGCUGAUAAUAUACCCUUGAACUACACAUGAAAACAAAAGUCUGAAAGCUGCUUCAUAUCCAUAUUUAUCAGAUAAGUAUACCAGAACCGGAGGGAUACUUUAAAGAACUGUGACACACAAGAAACAUUUCAAAUACUGUAUAGUGUCUGGCAUUUGGUUCUGGCAGUGCUUGAAGUAAUGAAACACAUUUUCUAUAAAUAUAUGUAUGUAUUUGUGUAAAUAAUGAAAAUUGUAAGCCUGACAUUUUCACUUAAGUGCUUGAGUAGUAGGUACAUCGUAUGGGUUAAACUGGCACUAAUUCACUAGGGUAAUGCUGUUUGUAUUGUGACCCAGCUUAAAAAGUUGCCCAAGUUUUUUUUUUAGUUCAUACUGAACUCUCAGUCCAGUGUGCUGGUUAAUUUACCAGUGGAACACUUAGCUAACCAGUGUGCUGAGUCAUUAUGUCACUGGUUGGUGACAGCCCAGUUUAAUGUGAAAUCCUGGUGUUUUUUACUUUCAUGUAUUUCAACAGAGGCAUUCUUAAUGCAUCCCUGUCCAUGUUGACUGCAUUUGCUAUACUAAGAGAUUAGAUGAAUUUUCAAAAUGAACUACAGAAAUUACUUAAAUUAUUGCUUAAGCUGCACUUUUAUAGAGUGGAAAAUGGGACUGUCUGUUUUAGCAUGUUGUACAAGAAGCAUUGCAGGUUACUAUUACUGUGUUAAGUUUGCUUUAUACUAUGUAGUCUUGACAGACUUCUGGCAAGCUGAAUUACUGUUAGUAAUAGUUCCAGUUUUAAUUUACUUCAGCAAAUUUUUGAUGUGUGUAUGUUUGUGCAUGCCCAUGUAUGUAUGUUGUCCAUUACACCACUCUGUUAAUUCCCACACUAGCACUGCUCCCAAGUUAACCUUAGGGUGGAGUCCUGCUCAGAAUGAAUUAAUCUAUAAAUUCAAGUUGUGUAGCUGGCACAGUAACUGGUGAGCUCCAACAGCCAUUGUAGAUUGACUGAGUGAAUGCAUCUUGUCCUGCCAUCCCUAAGGUUUGAACACCAUUCCCAAAGCCUUUGUUGUACAGGUGAAGUAGAACUAACUACCUUAGCUCCAACUUGUGCUGUUUGUUGCAAAGCUGCACCCCCCCCUAGUGUAAGCCCUGACUUUUGAACAAUGCCAGCUAAUCUCCCCUAGCUCUGCCUUUUAUGACCUGCAUUACUUCUGACUUACUCGAGCUCUUUGUCUUCAGGCUGUGAGGAAGACCUGUUAUUUGUCUUUGUUUAAAAUGUUUAGAAAGCUGUGGAAUUGGGUAUUCUUAAUUUGUUCUGUGACUUUUUGAGCUGGUUUCACGUCAUCAGGGGUGCCAUCUUAAUAUUUUUCAUGGGUAACAUAAAGCAUGUCAAGUGCCAAAGCUUCCCUUUCCUUGUUUACUUUGUCAUGAAUUUUAGAGUAGCUAUAUAGAAAUACUGUAUGAAGAAGAACCCAAAAUGUUUAAGUCUUUAAGCAUUGUAGUGUAUACAUUUUUAGGCAUCACCCUUGUAUAUCUGUCACUUCUGAUUGUAUGUACAAAUAUGCAGAUGAAUGUUAUUGGAUCUGAUAGCAGAGUCUGUUAUAUAAAGUAAGGCUGGGGAUAAUGCUUUGGGUUUUCUUUAAAAGAAGGCAGCAGUUUAUUUCCUAAGAUUUUACUAAGUGUUUUGUUAUUUUUAAUGUUGCAUUUAAAUAGUAUAUACACAAGUUUGACAAUGUUAGAGAAAGCAGUUAAUUCAUAUUGCUGACAUUUUGGUUUUGAAAUGGUUACAUAGCUAAUAACUCCAAAUGUAAAGCAAGACUUGUUUGGAGUUAGUUUUACUUUGGCGAUCUUGAGUUUUUUGAAGAUCUGACAUUUCUGUCUAGUUAAGUCCAGGAAUCUAGUGAAACAAGCUGAAUUAGUGACAGUUGCAUUACAUCUUUUACUCAUUGCUAGUUUAAUGUUUUUAAGUAAUAAUCAGUUUUAAAAGUAAUGUCAGCACAAAAAUGUUUCCUAUAUUUAAGAACGGAUAUUAACAUGUGUGAUUAGGAGGUGAUCUGACUCUUUUUUGCAUGUUUUCUUUAGUUGUAAAGAACAACAUAUUCAGAUCUUCUGACUGCCUACUCUAGUACAACACAAUGCUUAUUCAUGUAUAGCCUUAUCCAACAAGUUAAAUGUACUCAUUUUUUUCAGUCAUCAUUCAUCUUAAAGAUAAUACUAACUACAGGACAGAUCUAGUUUCAGUGAUGUAAGUGGUUACACACUGGAUUACUAUGCCCAAUAGUCACUCUUUUACUGGUAUUUGCCAUGUGUUAAAUGACCGCUAAGUUUACUCUAUUAGCAAGUAGUAUCUACAUUUUACUGAGAAAACUGUGUACAAUGGUUGUCACUUGGAGAUGACGUUACAGCAUCUGAUUUAUCUUAAACUAGAUCUGUCUUGAGCUAACACAAUUUUUGGUCAGUCUGUUUAGUCACAUUUGGUAUCUUAUAUUUCCGUAUGGAAAGUGGGGUAUUUUAUAUCGUUUGUACCAGUAAUACUUUUAUUUUGUAUGUUGCAUUGAACAUUGCCUUCAAUGUCAUUUUAUAUGCACCUUUCAACACACAUUUUAUAAUUCUAUGAUCUGGGUAACUUGUAUAUUUUGACUUGUAAUUUGCUUUAAAUUUCACUUUAGGGGAAAACAAAUUAAACAGUUACAAAUU